UAGUAUCCUUUUUGCAGAAAAAUGUCUCUUAGUGUUGCAAGUGGUCUAAAACCAACUAAUGUACGCAACGAUGUCCUUCACAACUGGGAACUUAUGCAAAAUGUGUAUAAGCUAUAUAACGAACAGAAAUACACAGAUAUUUUAUUUGAAUUUCUUCUCACGAGUUAUACUCUUUCAGCUCAUCGCCUAAUUCUCGCCGCUGCCAGUUCCUAUUUUAAGGAUAUCUUCGAUAAUAUUGAACCGGACUGUAACUACAUGACAGUAACUGAAAUAGACAGUGAUACUUUUGAACAAUUAGUUGUUUACUGUUAUAAUGGGCAGACUGAUAUUACGGCCGGUAACACAGAGCGUAUGAUUAAGGGUGCUAUGCUAUUGCGUCUAUAUGACGUGGUUGACACUUGUGUGAACUAUGCGAUGGAUCAUAUAAAUGAUUUCUUACUGCGGAAGUUAAUUUUGUUGGAAGCUGAAAUACGAUAUAAACCAUUUGAAGUUCGUUUACUCGCUUAUAUUGUGCAGAACUUCAAGAAGUUUAAUCGAAGUGAAGAUAUGGUCAAUAUUAAUAUCGAACAAUGGAAAGUUAUUAUAGAGAAAGUAGAUGCAAAUAUAGUAUCGCAAGAGGAUCUCUUUUGGACUAUUGUGCUCUGGUAUGAAUACAAUACUGCCGACCGAGAAAAGGAUUUACCUAUUUUAUUAAGCUCACUAAGGCUUACCGAGUUCGAUACUCAGUUUAUUUUAACGCAAAUUAAGACAUUACCCGGUUGUGAGCGUUUGGCAAUUGAGACGCUCAAAAAACGAGAAAGCCUACUUACCUGGAUGGCUGUACAAAAUUGGGGAGAGGACUGGCUAGGUUUUAAGGAUAUUCUACGUUACAAUCAAGCCAAAGAAGUCUGGGAGAAAGUGAAACGUUUAGAAAUAAAAAGAUAUAUCUUCAGCACAGCUUUCAUAGAUAAUAGUCUCAUUUUCAUUGGAGGUCGCAAUAGGGAUGGACCAAGCAAAGAUGUAGUCAGCUACAACUUGAUAAACAAAACCUGGACAACAAUGCCAUCAAUGCAAGAAAAUCGAAAUAGUGUUUGCGUUACAGUCUUAAAUAAUUACUUGUACGCUAUAGGUGGGAAAGAUAAGAAGGGCAAUGUGUUGGGCAGUGUAGAGCGCUUCAGUUCAUUAACAGGGCAUUGGCAAUUGGUAGCCAGCAUGUCUACACCUCGCUCUGAUGCUGGUAUUGCAAUUUUGAAUGGUGAUAUCUAUAUAGUUGGUGGUAAAACGAACGUGCCUGUAAAAACAGUAGAGCGUUAUAAUGUGACCGAAAAUUCUUGGCUCACAUGUAGCUCCAUGUCAGAUGCACGAGAAAGUCCAGCUGUUGUUGCACAUCAAGGCUAUAUUUAUGCCCUGAGUGGCCGUUACGCAGAUUUGAAAACAGUCGAACGCUACAAUUCAGAACGAGACGAAUGGACUAAGAUUGCUUCUUUGAAUGUUGGACGUCGAUAUAUUUGUGUCGCCUCUAUAGGUAAUCAACUUUGGGCUUUUGGUGGUGUAAUUGGUCCAGCUCAGUGGGAUGAUACGGUCGAGGUUUAUGAUAUGGCAAAGGAUAAAUGGCUCGUAAAGCAAAAAUUGCCUGCAACAGGAAAAUUUAGUUGUGUAUCGGUACCAACAAAGUUAGUAGAAAAUCUUGUGUAAUCCAAAGAAUAACUAAAAUUUUUAAGAAUUCAAAUGUACAUACACAAU